AUGGUGGCAGCGGCCAGACUCGCCCUCCUGCUGCUGGGCUGCGCGGGGCUCCUCUGGCCGGCCGGUGCCCGGUACAUAGACUACUGCCCCAAGGGCUGGUCCUACUACAAGUUCAACUGCUUCAGGUACUUCAGUCAGCCCCAGACCUGGGACGAAGCCGAGCUGGUCCACCUUGGCAUCCCCAACCCCCUCCUCCUCCUCCUCCACUGGGGCCGUUCCCCCCCAGAGGACUGUGGCUUCACUGUGUGGUCCAGCGCCGACUGCGCCCAGCAGCAUCACUACAUCUGCAAGUUCACCCCCUCACACUGA